AUGAAAUAUCAUUCUGAAUUACCAACUUUGGACGAAUUUAUGAAUUUCUUGAAAGACAAAUCUGACAUUUUACAAUGUUUGGACGAGUCUCAACAAUCAACUAAAUCCAUAGGCAGUUUAAAGCUAUUGGGCAGGUCUAAACCCGAAGCAAUUAGAAGAUUUAAGACAUUAGAAAAACGGUUCGUGGAUGUUCAAUUUAAACAAUUAUACACCGAUUUUAUUCAAGAAUAUGAAACUUUAGGUCAUAUGACUAAAUUAACUAUUGAACCCGAUGGAAUUAAAUACUUUUUACCACAUCAUGGUAUUUUAAAAGAAAUGAGUACGACAACUCGUUUACGCGUAGUUUUUGAUGGAAGCUGUAAGACGUCUACAGGGUGGUCGCUUAACGAUCUACAAUAUAUCGGCCCUAAAGUUCAAAAUGACAUUAUAAACAUUCUUUUACGAUUCAGAACAUAUAAAUUCGUGGUUUCCGCUGACAUAUCAAAAAUUUAUCGUCAAAUUAUCAUAGAUCGAGAGCAUAGACCUUUACAACAGAUACUAUGGCGUGAUAACCCCAAAAGUAACUUUUGCACUUAUCACUUGAAUACAGUUACAUAUGGAACUCGAUCAGCUCCAUAUCUUGCUAUCAAGUGUAUUAAGACGCUAGCGGAACACAAUAUGAAUCAAUACCCCAAAGCCUGUGAAACAAUACUAAAGGACAUGUACGUGGACGAUUUGUUGACCGGUUCUAACGAUUUAAUAGAAUUACAAAAAUUAUGCAAAGACAUAUAUGAUGUCUUAUCAUCCGCUAAUUUCAUUUUAAGAAAGUGGAUUUCUAAUAAUUUUCAAGUAGUUUGUGGCUUCAAAGAUGACAAUAUCUCAAAUGCAAUUUUAGAUAUAGGUGAUAAAGAAAGUUGUAAAACUUUGGGAAUCCAAUGGGACAAUAAAAAUGACAUUCUAAAAUAUACAAUUAAACAAUUUACCCAUCGAAACACAAUUACUAAACAUCACAUUCUUUCAAUUAUUGCUCAAAUUUACGAUCCUUUAGGGUUAUUGAGCCCUUCAAUAGUUAUUGCAAAAUUAAUAAUACAGAAAUUAUGGUCCCUACACAUUAGAUGGGAUGAGCCUAUUCCACAAGAUAUAGAACAAACUUGGUAUCGAUUUCAGAAUGAACUUGGCAGUUUAAAUCAAUUAUCUAUUCCUAGAAAUGCUAUUUAUUUAAACUAUGUACUUACAGAUGUCCAUUGCUUCUGCGAUGCAUCGAGAGAUGCAUAUUCAUGUUGCAUAUACUUACGUAGUGUUGACGAUAGCGGAAAUUAUAACGUUCAAUUACUAUGUGCCAAAACCAAAGUGUCGCCACUGAAGACAAUAACAAUUCCAAAACUUGAAUUGUGUGCUUGUCUUCUAGGAGCACAACUAGUAAAUACUGUGGUCAAUGCCCUCAAUUUAAAAAAUAUUCAUUAUUGUUUGUGGUCCGAUUCUCAAGUCGCCCUAUGUUGGAUUAACACGGAACCCAAUUUAUUACAGACCUUUGUUGCUAAUCGCGUAUCUAAAAUACAAUCUCUCACGAACAUUGAAAAUUGGAGGUAUGUUAGUAAUAAGGAAAACCCUGCAGAUUUAGCAUCUCGAGGUAUAAUGCCUAAAAUGCUGAUGUCAAGUGCAAUUUGGUGGAAAGGACCUCAAUUUUUAUUGUUACAAUCAUCAGAUUGGCCAAUUACUAAUUUUUCAAUUUCUAAACACGAUCUCUCAGAACUAAGAAAAUCUAAAACUAUUUUGAUCAUAUCACAACAUACAAAAAUUUGUGAUUUAUUUACAAAAUUCUCUUGUUUACAACGAUUAAAAAGAGUCAAAGCAUAUUGUAUGCGUUUUAUCAAUAAUGCACGAAAAUCUGAUACCAAAGUUAUUGGCCCAUUAUCAGUUGAAGAAUUGGAAAACACCAAUACUAUUUUAAUUAAAUUAUCUCAAAUGGAAUCAUUUUCCGAGGAGCUAGAAUUACUUCGUAAAAACAAGCAAUUAGAUGCUAAACAUAAAUUUACCUCAUUAGCGCUCUUUAUUGAUGAGAAAGGAAUCAUCAGAUUUGGGGGACGAUUAAAAAAUACUUACUUACCAUUUAACAUCAAACAUCCAAUCUUACUCUCAAGUAAACACAAUUUUACCAAGCUAAUUUUUAAUCAUAAACAUAGUCAAUUGUUACACCCAGGACCACAACUACUAUUAAGUUCGGUUCGACAAUUCUACUGGCCUGUUGGUGGUUCUAUAUUAGCCAAACAAACAGUGAGAAAUUGCGUGAAUUGUUUCAAGUUCAAUCCUAUUCCAUUUUCCUGUCCAAUGUCAAACCUACCGAAUGAAAGAAUUAGACCUACGCUUCCAUUUGAAGUGACCGGAGUUGAUUAUGCCGGCCCAUUCUAUAUUUUGAACAAACCAGGUAAAGGAGCUAAACUUAAAUGUUAUUUGGCUAUUUUCGUUUGUUUUUGCACUAAGGUAAUACAUUGCGAAAUAGUAACUGAUUUAACUUCCAACAAUUUCUUAGCAUGCUUAAAACGCUUUGUAUCUAGACAAGGUAUUCCCAAAAUAAUAUAUUCCGAUAACGGAACUACAUUUCACGGCACUUAUUGA